AUGGAUUCCCUGCUAGACUGUCCUGAUAACUAUCCUGAUCCCAUAUCCUUUCCAGGGCAGGCAGGCGUUAACCAGCUGGGAGGCGUGUUCGUAAACGGUCGGCCCCUGCCCGACGUUGUUCGAAAGAGGAUAGUGGAGCUCGCCAUAUUGGGAGUACGGCCUUGCGAUAUCAGUAGGCAGUUACUCGUCUCGCACGGCUGCGUCUCGAAGAUUCUAACCAGAUUCUACGAGACCGGGUCGAUUAGACCCGGGUCUAUCGGCGGUAGCAAGACUAAGCAAGUGGCGACGCCCACAGUAGUUAAAAAGAUACUUCGUCUCAAGCAAGAGAACCCAGGGAUGUUCGCGUGGGAGAUCCGCGAGAGACUACUGAGUGCAAGAGUGUGCGAGCCACACUCGAUACCUUCUGUGUCAUCUGUAAACAGGAUCCUGAGGAACAGUGGCCUGGCGUGGAAUGAAGAUGAGGCAAGGGGCGGACAUGAACCCUUUCCACCGCCAGAGCUUCCACCAAACGUGGUAGACUACAUGGCGAUGAAGACGUCACUACCGACACCCAUACCUCAACAGACUCCGUACUUCGCUCACACAUCUGUAAGACUGCCACAAUCCACGGAACCACACGCAUAUGACAGGAGACUCGCCACAUCAUGGCUUUUGGCGAACCAAGUCCAGGCUCAAGGACUGCUUAAACCUUAUCCAAUAUCUCCGUGGCAAAGAGUUAUGAUGCCUUACCCGGAUUCGAAGAAUUUCUCCCCCUAUGCUUUAAACCUACAUAGUGAUCUUCUUAACAGGAUUAACCCUGAAGAAGUGAAAUCGGAGAGUUCAGAGCAUAUAUCCGUGGAAGCGAGUGAUGACAGCACGGAUAGACCCGACAUGGACGAACAGGAAGCUAAGAGGCCGAGCGAGAAAGAAAAGAAAAAAAACCCCUACUCUAUAGAGGAACUACUAAAAAAACCGGAUAAAAUUGUCCAUUCAAACCCGGUAGGUUUCCAGAACUACCUACGACAGCCAAGCGGUAGUAUGAUUGAAUACGGACAAGACAAAACCUCAAGUGAAAGGAGCUCGCCCGCCAGUUACUGUUCAAUUCAAAGUGGAGUUUCGAACAAUGAUUCUGUCAGUUCAGAAAUUAAGCGGGAAAUUAAAUAUAUCUAA